AUGGCGAGAGGGAUGGUGGCUACGUACCUACAUGGCGUCUUUCUCCUGGCUCUGUGGAAGCCCUCACUGCAAGGAGGUGUAUAUAUACCUGCUGGUGGAGCAGCAGGAGGCGCUGGAGCAGGCAUAGGAGCUGGUGCAGGACCUGGAACUGGAUUUGGACCAGGUGGGACUGGAACUGGAUUUGGACCUGGAGGAGCUGGACCUGGAUUUGGCCCUGCAGGAGUUGGGACUGGAUUUGGACCUGGAGGAGCUGGGACUGGAUUUCAGCCUGGUGGAGGUGCUGGUCUAGGAGGCUUUGGACCAGGAACAGGAGGCUAUGGUGGUCAUGGACCAGGAGGAGUUGGACCGGGAGGAGUUGGAACGGGAGGAGUUGGACCAGGAGGAGUUGGAACAGUAGGAGUUGGACCAGGAGGAGUUGGACCAGGAGGAGUUGGAACAGGAGGAGUUGGAACAGGAGGAGUUGGACCGGGAGGUUUCAGGCCCAGCACCUUUGGCCCAGGCAGUGGUGGACUGGGAGUCAUACCUGGAGGUGUUGGGGCCGGUGGAAAGCCUCCAAAAACAGGAGGCGGCUACGGAGGUCGUGGAGGAGUGUCUGGAGGGUUUGGAGCAGGACAGGGAGCUGGUGGUGUAGCAGGAGGACUGGGACAGGGCAGAGUCGGGCCAGGUGGUUUUGGACCAGGUGGUGUCGGUCCUGGAGGCUAUGGGACUGGGCCUGGAGGAGUUGGUCCUGGUGGUGUUGGACAGGGUGGCCAAGGCACAGGCCUUGGGGCAGGAGGUUUGGGUGGAGGAGUGCAUGGAGCUGGAGGCCUCGGGACUAUCAGAGGUCAGGGAGAUGGAGGGCUGGGAGCUGGAACAGGCUAUGUACCUGGAGGUGGCUAUGGAGGCGGUUAUGGUCCAGGUGCUGGUCAAUACCCAGGAACUGGUGGAACUGGUCCCAAACCUCCUAAAACUGGAACAGGUUAUGGGCCUGGUGGUGUGGGAUUUGGACCUGGUGGAGCAGGAUCUGGGCCUGGUGGAGUAGGAUUUGGACCUGGUGGAGCAGGAAUAGGGCCUGGUGGUGCAGGAUUUGGGCCUGGUGGAGUAGGAGUAGGGCCUGGUGGUGCGGGAUUUGGGCCUGGUGGAGCAGGAGUAGGGCCUGGUGGUGCGGGAUUUGGGCCUGGUGGAGCAGGAGUUGGGCCUGGUGGUGCAGGAUUUGGGCCUGGUGGAGCAGGAGUAGGGCCUGGUGGUGCGGGAUUUGGGCCUGGUGGAGCAGGAGUAGGGACUGGUGGUGCGGGAUUUGGGCCUGGUGGUGCGGGAGUAGGGCCUGGUGGUGCGGGAUUUGGGCCUGGUGGUGCAGGGGUUGGGCCUGGUGGAGCAGGAUAUGGGCCUGGUGGUGCAGGAUUUGGGCCUGGUGGAGCAGGAGUAGGGCCUGGUGGUGUGGGAUUUGGGCCUGGUGGUGCAGGAGUUGGAUCCGGAGGAGUCGGUCCUGGUGGAGCUGCUGUGCCAGGAGGAGUUCCAAUGCUGCCACAGACUGGCACGACUGUGGGAGGACCUGGAGGAAAGAGCGGUGGUAAAGCAUCAAAACAAGUUCCAGGAGUUGGGGUCCCUGGACUCUAUCAAGGUGGAUACAUACCAGGCCAAGGUUUUGGAGGCCGUGGUGUUCUCCCUGGAGUGGCCACAGGAUCUGGACUUGGGCCACAGACUGGAGCCGGGGUGCUCGGCCAGGGGGGUACUGGACCAGGAGGAGCCAGCAAUGGUCAUGGACAGCAGUUGCCUGGAGUUUUUCGUGGUUACCCUCUUGUAUCACCAAAAUCAGGGGCAGGCAAAUCGAAGAAUCCAGCCAAAGCUGCAGCUAAAUACGGUGGAGCUGCAGCCGGGGGAGGUGCACUUGGUCAAGUAGGCACUUUGGGGGUUGGGGCUGGAAGACUCCCAGGAGGAGGAGCAGGAGUCACACCCGGAUUAGGAGGUGGAGUUGGAACAGGAGGUGGACCUGGAGCUGUACCUGGAUUUGGAGGUGGAACAGGCAGCGGGCCUGGAGUAGCCAGCAACAUACCUGGUUUAGGUUAUGUUGCUGGCUCAGCCAAAGCACGCAAAUAUGGUCUACUGGGCGGUGCAGGCACUGGUGCAGCUGGAGGCCUUGGACGAGGAGGACCAGUAGCUGGAGUUGGUCUUGGCACAGGAGGGGGGCCAGGUGGGCCAGGUGUUGGCUAUGGUUUCGGUCCAGGCGGUGCAGGCACUGGUGCAGCAGGAGUUGGACUCGGCACAGGAGUGGGACCUGGCUCUGGGGUUGGUUUUGGUCCAGGUGGUGCCAGCACCGGGUCAGGUGGUCUUGGUUUUGGCCCUGGUGGUGCUGGCACUGGCCCUGGAGGAGCUAGUUAUGGGCCAGGUAGAACUGGGUACGGUCCAGGUGCAACUGGAACUGGAUUAGGAGGAGCCGGAGCCGGACCCGGGGGGUAUGAUGCCAGUGCCAAAGCUCGUAAAUAUGGCAUGUUAAGUGGAGCACUUGGAGGUCCAGGGACAAGCACUGGAGGAUUCAGGCCGGGUGGUGCUGGUACAGGCUAUGGACCUGGAGGUGCUGGUACAGGCUACGGACCUGGUGGUUCUGGUACAGGCUACGGACCUGGAGGUGUUGGACCUGGAGGUGCUGGUACUGGCUAUGGACCUGGUGGUGCUGGUAUUGGCUAUGGACCUGGUGGUGCUGGUACAAGCUAUGGACCAGGUGGAAGAGUUGGGCCUGGUAGUGCUGGUACUGGCUAUGGACCUGGUGGUGCUGGUACAGGCUAUGGACCAGGUGGAGGAGUUGGGCCUGGUGGUGCUGGCUAUGGACCCGGUGGUGCUGGUACUGGCUAUGGACCUGGUGGUGCUGGUACAGGCUAUGGACCAGGUGGAGGAGUUGGGCCUGUUGGUGCUGGCUAUGGACCCGGGGGUGCUGGUACUGGCUAUGGACCUGGCGGUGCUGGUACAGGCUAUGGACCAGGUGGAGGAGUUGGGCCUGGUGGUGCUGGCUAUGGACCCGGGGGUGCUGGUACUGGCUAUGGACCUGGUGGUGCUGGUACAGGCUAUGGACCAGGUGGAGGAGUUGGGCCUGGUGGUGCUGGUACAGGCUAUGGACCAGGUGGAGGAGUUGGGCCUGGUGGUGCUGGUACAGGCUAUGGACCAGGUGGAGGAGUUGGGCCUGGUGGUGCUGGCUAUGGACCCGGUGGUGCUGGUACUGGCUAUGGACCUGGAGGUUAUGCUGGUGCCAAAGCCCGCAAAUAUGGUCUGCCUGGAGGUACCCUGGGUGCAGGAGGACUUGGUGGUGGAGCUGGGCCUACUUCUGGGCUCGGAGUAGGAGGAGGGGUCCCCGGGAGAGGUGUUGGACUAACAACUGGUGGUGGACCUGGAGCAGGACAGGGGACUGGCGGAAUACCUGGUUCUGGUGUUGGAACGGGAGGUGGGCCGAGUGGCUUUGGACCAGGCAGUGCUGGAGGGCUUCCCAGUGGAGGAACAUUGGGAGGAACAGGAUAUGGACCAGGUGGAUAUGGACCAGGUGGAGGCUAUGGUGCAGGACCAAGGGCUGGAUAUGGAACAGGAUAUGGAGCUGGAUCAAAACCUGCUAAAUACGGCUAUGGCACAGCUGGAUCUAAAGCUGCUAAGUAUGGGCAACCUGGUGGAGUUGUACCUGGGGCAGGAGCAGCGACCGGCACUGCGGGAUCUGGUACAGGGACCGGCACUGCAGGGCCUCGUACACAGACCGACACUGGUGUUUCAGUAAAUGGCACCAGCACAAGCAGCAGUGCGGGGACAAUUGAGCCCAGUGGAGGAGGACUUGGAGCCACAGGAGGCACACCACCUCCAGCAUCAGAAGUCCUUAUUCCAGGUGAUGCUGGUGCUGGCAGUGUGAUAGAGGGGUCUGGAAGUUCUGGAGGAGAAGGAAGUACUGGUGUAGCUGGCAGACCAGUGGGUGAAGCAGGUGACAGAGAUAUCUUGGGUGGAACAGGAAUCCCCAUCAUUGGAGCAAAAACAGGACUCAAUGGUACAGAAGUUCCAGGUCCCACAGGAGUCGCCCCUGUUGGGGGCAGGACUGUACAACCAAGUGGUGGUACAGGACUUCCUUCUGGAGGUUCUGGUGGUAAUAUCUCAAUAGGGACACUGCCUGGAGCCAAACCUCUCAGACCCCCAGGUGUCCCCAGAGGUGACACGCCAGGUGAAGGAGAUGGAGAGGGAGGUCCUGAUGGAGAGAGAGGUGGUACAGGAGACACAGGUGGAGGAGUAGGAGGGAGUCCUACCAGUGCAGGAGCAGCAGGAGGAGUUUCAGGUGGCGUAACAGGAGAGGGGAGAGGAGACAGUACUGCUACUGGAACUGGAGUUGGUCCAGGAGGUACAGCUGGUAGAGUUGGAGGAACACCAAAACCACCCAAAGAAUACGGACCUGAUGGGACUGUAGCAGGAGGUGUACGUGGUGGACCUGGUGGAGUUGGUGGAGUUGGUGGUGUGGCAGGAGGAGGUCCAGGAGGAGUUGGAGUCCUUAAACCUGGAAAAAGCUAUGGUGCUGGUGGUGCUGGAGUUUUACCAGGUGGAGGCAUACGUUACCCGACUGGAGCUGGAGUAGGACAGGGAGCAGGAAAAUCCGGCAAAGUAUAUGGGGCUCUUGGAGCAGGAGGCCAGGGUGGGGUUGGGCCUGGCAGUUAUGGAGCUGGUCCUGGUGGCUAUGGUACUGGUCCAGGAGGUUAUGAUGCAGGACCGGGAGGUUAUGGGGCUGGUGGUUACGGACCUGGUGGCACUGGACCAGGUGGAUAUGGGCCGAGCACUGCCGGGACAGGACUGGGUGGUGUCAGAACCGGCUCAGGUGGCUUUGGACCAGGUGGUGUUGGCACAGGACCAGACAGCCAUAGACCUGGUGGAGCAGGGGUUAUUCCUGGUCUUUAUACUGCUGGAGGUCAAAGACUGGGGACAGGAAAGCCACCCAAGUCAGGCUAUGGAUCAUCCUCACUGGGUGGAGCAGGCUAUGGGCAAGGUGGUGCUGGCACUGGAACGGGUGGUUUCGGACCAGGUGUUGCUGGAACAGGAAUGGGUGGCUUCGGACAAGGUGUUGCUGGAACAGGAACGGGUGGCUUCGGACCAGGUGGUGUUGGCACAGGAACGGGUGGCUUCGGACCAGGUGGUGCUGGAACAGGAACGGGUGGCUUCGGACCAGGUGGUGCUGGCACAGGAACGGGUGGCUUUGGACCAGGUGGUGCUGGAACAGGAACGGGUGGCUUCGGACCAGGUGGUGCUGGCACAGGAACGGGUGGCUUCGGACCAGGUGGUGCUGGAACAGGAACGGGUGGCUUCGGACCAGGUGGUGCUGGCACAGGAACGGGUGGCUUCGGACCAGGUGGUGCUGGAACAGGAACGGGUGGCUUCGGACCAGGUGGUGCUGGAACAGGAACGGGUGGCUUUGGACCAUGGGGCCAAAGAUUAGGAAAAAGAAAACCUGCUAAAUCUGGUUAUGGAGGAGCUGGGAAUGGAUCAGGACGAUUAGGUGGAGGUACAAGAGCUGGUCCUGGUGGAGUUGGAGCUGGGCCUGGCGGCUUUGGUCCAGGAGGUGCUGGAACUGGCGGCUUUGGUCCAGGAGGUGCUGGAACUGGCAGCUUUGGUCCAGGAGGUGCUGGAACUGGCGGCUUUGGCGCAGGAGGUGCUGGAACAGGCAGCUUUGGCCCAGGAGGUGCUGGAACAGGCAGCUUCGGCCCAGGAGGUGCUGGAACUGGCAGCUUUGGUCCAGGAGGUGCUGGAACUGGCGGCUUUGGUCCAGGAGGUGCUGGAACUGGCGGCUUUGGCCCAGGAGGUGCUGGAACAGGCAGCUUUGGUCCAGGAGGUGCUGGAACUGGCGGCUUUGGUCCAGGAGGUGCUGGAACUGGCGGCUUUGGCCCAGGAGGUGCUGGAACUGGCGGCUUUGGUCCAGGAGGUGCUGGAACUGGGCCAGGAGGGUUUAGACCUGGUGGUGUGGGUGGAUAUGGACCUGGUGGCCAAGCACUUGGGAAUAGGAAGCCUCCUAAAUCGAGUUACGGCUCGUCGUUGGGUGGAACUGGCUAUGGACCAGGUGGUGGAGUAGGAGGACUUCCUGGUGCAGGAACAGGAGGUAUUUUUGGAAGCUUAGGUAGUGCAGCAGGAGGAACAGGAGGGGCAGGAGGUCCUGCAGGAACAGGUCAGGGAGUAGGAGGAGGUGCAGGCGGCUUACCAGCAGGGGGUGUUGGCCCUGGUUAUGGUGGGGUGGCUGGUGGAAGCUAUCCAGGAUACACAGGGGCCGGGCAAAAAUCCAAGGCACAGAAGGCAGCCAAAUAUGCAGCCAUGCAGGCCUUUCUGGGAGCUGGAGGCUACAGAGGCGCUGGCUGUCAGGGUAAAUACUGUGGCCGAAGGAGGAAGUGAGAGACCAAAAGACAGGAUGUGACCUCAUUAACACAACAGUGGCGCUAUUGCAUGAUCCCAGAUGUCUCACCUGCCAUAGAAGCUAAAGCUUCAACACAUUCCACAUGUUACAAUUUUCAUUAUCCUAGAUAAGGGUCUCUUUCAAAAAGAGUAUUGGUUCUCAGCAUGUUUGGGUUGUGAUUCCUAAAAACAAGGCGAUGCCUCUGUUGCAGGCUGCUAUGCGGAGUGGUAAGAUUUGUGUCCUUAUGUUGUUUUCUGGAUAAUUCAGCGAUUUGACUUCAAAACAAUUUUAAAUGUUCACCAUUACACAAGAAACAGCACAAGCCUGUAUUGGGAUGCAUUUCUUUAAACAUAAAUUUCUUCCCCUAUGAAUCACCUUGUGACCCUCUUAGGAUCCCAACUACCAGGCUGAGAACCACUGAAAUAAAAGAUCAAGAUGUCUUCUGAAAUUCUGAGGCCAAGUUGUACUAUAAUACAGUUUUUGUUUAUUGUUGUUGAACAUCAUUUGUGUUCCUUUGCAAGUAUCACCAUGAAUCCUCUGGGUGAAGACUGAUACCAAGGACACCCUCAGGGCAGCUCCUUCAGACCUGUCUGCAUGCUGACACAAUGUUGUGUUUUUCUUUCAAUUCAAGGCCAAGGCCAUACUUUUAUCCAGUUAGACUGGAUAGUGUUGGUUUUGUUUGUGUAAUGUGUUAAUUCAUUGUUUUUAGCUUUUACAUCAAAGUGCAAGCACUUGGAUAAUCUGUACAGACAAAGAAACGGCUGCUAUUUUGGGGGGAACUGUGAACAAAAGGGACUAAGUGGAUUUUUUUUUGUAGUGUUGUGUUUUGACUGGUCAUUAUCUGAUCUCUGAAAAGCAGUCCGUGUUCGUUUUAACUGUGCUCAGGCCUCAGCAGUAUCAACACAUCUGUUAACACUCGUGAGAUUCUUCCACUCCAUGCACAACAUUAAAGGCAACGUUUUAUAGAUGCACACAGAAAACUGAUUGGGAUUAGUGUAAACUUUUGGUUAACAUGCAUAUUUUUUCAUUACUACAAGGAUUCAUUUGUUAUAUUAUCAUGUGGCUUAGAUGUGGCUUUUACAUUUGCUGUUGAGGUAAGCAAUUAAACCAAAUGUGAGGUAAUAUGAUGAGAAUAUGUGAUAAUGCAUUUAAAUGGCAUCUUAGGAGAAUUGAUUACUGUGUUUUUAUUUUUUGGAGUACCUCUCUUAACACUGUUGGGAAAUUGUUCACGUUUGCUAGUCUUUUUAAAUUAUGCUGACAAAAAGCAGAAAAAGCUGAGUGCUUUAUCUAUUUAGUCUCAUUUUACGAAUUCAAUAUUAAAUGUUUGAGUUAUUUUCUUUGUGUAUUUUAACAGUUUUUAAACGUGUGUCCUACUAUGGUUUAUAUAAGUGCUUUGUUUUCUGCAUUGUGCUAAAUCACAAUGUAGUCUGUGAUGUCAUUUGGAUAAAAAGUGUAAUUGAAUCUCAUCUUGCAUUUGAGCUUGUGUCUCUAUCAUGUAGCUCAACAUGUGUUUUUAAUCUGCGUUUUUUUAUGCGGCCUAUGAAGAAAAUUAUGCACUUUUGUACACGUUCAGACGAUGCUCUCUGAAAUAAACAAAUUACCAACGA